AUGCGCAACACUGCCAUCCUUUCAGUGGAUAUCCAGUUAAGUGAUAGUAAAAGUGUUGAAAAUGGGACUGUCUGGUUGCUGCAAUUCACUGGUCGAUUCAAUAAUAUUACAAAACUCACCAACUUAUCUGUAACUUGUGUAAGAACUGGCUUGGAAAAACCUUCAAUUAAAGUUAUACCAUCUCAAUUAUCACUGGUUGCAUCCAAUGAUUGCCCUGAUCGGGAUGAAGUUUAUCUUCAAACUAUGGUUCAAAUGAUGAACGGUACCGGAUUGGAAUGCGAAAGACAGUCAAUAAUAUUCUAUCUCAGUCCACAGAUACAGUCAAUUGACGUAUUUAAUAAAACGGGGAAUACAGAUGAUAUAACAUUGAAAACUGCUUUAAAUCCAGUAUCCAAAUCGGUUCAGUUCACAGUAAGCUUAUGCGUUUUGUUGCAUAUUGAAGUUAAAUCACAAAAUUUCACAGAUUCGAAUAUGGUAAACGUAAACUGUAUUAAACGAAAGGAACAUCCAUGUGAUUUACCUCAUUACAAGGCAUUGCGGAAUCCUGCUGUGCCGUUGCCUAGUCGUCAGUCAGAUACAUUCUUAAAUGUUCGUGAUCGUCUGUUUUAUUGUGGACGUGCAUUUAAUAUGAAGGGGUCAUUCGAUUUGGAGAAACGUUGCUUUAUGAUUAGCAAAUUACCUGACAGAAUAUGGAUCGACAUGGGACCAUUUGUUGAACAGAUUAUAGCGUACACAAAUCCACUUGGCAUAUUGUUCGGUUUGGGAGCAAAUGGUGGAGGUGUAAUGAUGAGUAAGAACUUUGGAAAAACAUGGAUUUCAAUCAACUCAUUCAUGUAUCAAAACACUUUGAAUACGUCAACUGAAAUCAUUACAGCAAGUGUCGUACCAUGGAUUUCAUCAACUGGAUCAAUUGACAAUACACUGUUUGAGUCAUUUUGCAAGAUGCGAGUGGCUGAACAAUGGAAUGUUUGCAUCAACCAAAUCUAUGCCAACCAAAUGCUGUUAGCUAAUUGGACUUACACAUGUCCGAAAAUCAAGCUGUUUUAA